CAUCAUGUAUAACCCCACCCAGCACGUGGUGACCUACGCUGGCUUCUGCCCCAACGGACAGGCCCUGCCCGCCUACCCCAACUACCCCGCUUUGCCCAUGCAGCACCACAGCAGUUACCAGGGCCCCUCCACCCCCCAGCCCGGCCUGGAGAUGACCCUAACCCCCUCCUCUCCGUCAGAGGAGAGCCAGAGCCAGCCUUCUGCCCAGGCCCCCAGCCAACCCACCUUCCAGACUGGCUCCCAGGACCCUGGUCAGGGUUACAUGCUAACACCCAACGCCCCUGCCCUCUACCCUGGCCCCGUCUACGGGCCCUCCGGCUUCGAGAAGCCCCCUCCUUAUGCAUGCUGAAUGCCAACCUGACCUUUAGCCUUUGACCUUUAGGCCAGGGUAAGAGAGGCUAAUGUCCAGAAACAACACCUAGCCUCUGUCACCUGGUCAGCACAGACAUGAAGGAAUCAGCUCGGUGUGACAGCUUCCAUAUAUCCUAUCAAUCAAUCCGAUAUGGCUUCCAUAUAACAAAUAUAUCCUUCCAAUCAUUGCUUCAUACGGCCAGCUAUGUGAUUCCUUUUGAUCUGCACACAACGAACGAGUUAGGGAAUAAAAGGGACUAGGAGAUAUGGGGCUAGGAGACAAGGGGCUAGGAUAAGGGACUAGGAGACAUGGGGCUAGGGGAUAAGGGACUAGGGCUUCUUUCUGGACUAGGCCAGAGAAUGUAGCACAAGCAGGGUUGGGGAGGUUACUUUUAAAAUGCACCUGUCCAAAAUAGUAAUUAUUGGAUUACUCAAACGAAGUAAUGUAAUCUGAUUACUUUUACUUUUGCAAUUAGAUUAGAGGCAUUUGAAGAAGACAAACUGGCAUACUACCAAUUGCACAACAUUUAUUGCAGGAUAAAUCAAUGGGAAGUGGUCCAGAUA